AUGGUGCGCUUCGCCGCUAAGGAUAUUCCUGACCUCACAGGCAAGAUCAUCCUCGUUACUGGAGGCAACAUCGGCCUCGGCAGGGAAACAAUCACCCAGCUCAGCAAGCACAAGCCAGCCCACAUCUAUCUCGGAGCUAGAAAUGAGUCCAAAGCAUUGGCCGCAAUUGAGGACAUCAAGAAGACAGUGCCAGACGCGGCCCCCAUCUCGUUCCUGGAGAUCGACCUGACGUCAUUUGAGAGCGUCAAGCGUGCUGCUAAGGAAUUCCAGUCGAAGUCGCAGCUCCUUCACAUCCUCAUGAACAAUGCCGGCAUCAUGGCCUGGCCGCCCGGUGUAACAAAGGAGGGCUACGAGAUCCAGUUCGGUACGAACCACAUGGGACAUGCUCUUCUCACCAAGCUCCUCCUGCCGACGCUGCAGCACACCGCCAAGGUCGGCCCCGAUAAGGACGUGCGCAUCAUCUCUCUCUCCUCGGCGGCCGAGAACUGGGUUCCGAGCAAUCUCUACAACUUUGACGACUUCAAGACCGACAUGGCCUCUACGGGCACCUGGGCGCGUUACGGCGCGUCCAAGGUGGCAAACAUUCAUCACUCCAAGGCCCUUGCUAAGCGAUACCCUGAGAUCCGCUGCAUCUCAAUCCACCCAGGUGCUGUCAAUACGAAUCUCGUCAGCGGCCCCAUCGCCAGCUAUCCUCUCGUGAAGCCAAUCGCAGGCAUCCUCACCUGGCUUGUGUCAACGCCCGUAUCAAAGGGUGCGCUGAACCAGCUGUGGGCCUCGGUUAGUCCGGAUGCCGAGACCAGUGUGUUCUACUGGCCUGUGGGUGUGAAAGGCAAAGACUCUAAGAACGCACUGAACGAAGAGCUCGCAGAGAGUCUGUGGAAAUGGACGGAGAAAGAGCUAGAGCCCUAUGUUUGA